UGAUUAAACAAAACUUAUCACGCGGUUUUUCAUUAUAAAAAUUCCACCCGCAUCUUCCAUGAACAAUCAGUUUUAAUCAGAGUGUCGAAAGUUAAAGAAUUUUUCUUCUGAGAAAAUGCUAAAGUUGGUGAUUUUUGUGGUGGCGCUGGGUGUUGGAGCUCAGGCAAUUGAUUGGUGUCAGAUGCAGACUACAUACUGCAAGGGCAAGGAGCAUAUUGCCUGUGAACCAAACAGCUUCACAGAUGCAACGAAUGUGAGGAAUGUCAAGCUUGUGACGAUGACUCCGGAAAUCCAGAAGAUGAUUGUGGAUCGUCACAAUGAAUACCGCAGCAAGGUGGCUCUUGGAAAGGAAUCCGGAAUCCCAUCGGCUACCAAUAUGUAUGCCAUGAAGUGGGACGAUAAUUUGGCCUAUGUUGCUUCUCAGCACGCUAAACACGCCAAAAUGCAGCACGAUCAGUGCCGUGCUUUCACCGAUUACCCAUAUUCUGGACAAAAUUUGGCUUCUGGAUCAUCUUCUGCUCCCAUUUCCGAUGUUACUGCUGCCAUCAAGAAGCACAUUGAUAUGUGGUACAACGAUGAGAUGCCAAUUGUGAGGGAUCAAAUGCCAAGCUGCACUGGGAAAUUCACUUCCUCCCCCAAUUGCCUCCAGGCUGGACACUACACUGCUGUUGUUCAUGGUGACAGUGGUGCUGUUGGAUGUGCUUCAGUGACGUUUGAGCAGCAAAUCAGUGGAAAUUGGUGGUACAGCGUCAUGACCACUUGCAACUAUGAAGGAAACAACAUGAGUAACCAACCUGUCUACACCGCUGGUACUACUUGCUCCGGAUGUGCUGCUGCUGGAAGAACUUGUGACGCCGCCCGAGGACUCUGUGUCUAAAAUUCUAAACGAAAGAUUUUCUUUAAAAACUUGCACUGAAAAAAUGCUUUUUCAAAAUGUAAAAUUUCUUCAAUAAAGACAAUUAUAAAAUGAA